AAAAAUAAGUGUAUAAUUCGAAAAAUGUCAGCGAUGGAUGACAUUCUUGAAAGUUGGGAAGAAAUUGAAGAAUCAGAGGUGCUUGAUAAAAAAUUAGAUGCUCUUCAGUUGAAUGCAGUAGAAGCAUUGGAAGAAAUAGAAUCUUCUAGAAGGGCACUACAAUUAUAUAUACAAUAAAGAACAUUUGUGAAAUAUAUGGAGAAUCUAUUGUUAAGAUUUGAACCUAUCAAAUAUGAUUUCAAAAAUAUCAAUCAGGAGAUGUUGAUAUAUAUGAUGAACCAUUAUCGAAGAAACUAAAAUUAAUAAAUAAAGAUGAUUUAUAAAUGACAAAGAUUGUAAAUAAUCUUAUAUUAAGAUUGUAAAUAACCUUAUAAUGAAAUUUUAAUAUGUUCCAAAUAUGUAUUGUUGAAAUGCUCCGUUAUUUUGGAAUGAUUAUGAACUCUGUAUAUACUUUCUGUAUUCGCUAUGUGAAAGAAAAGAAAACAAAGUAAACUGUGUAACAAAAUAUACAUUGAAAAUUCUACAAUAAUGGAAAUUAUUUUUUCAAUGGUCACAUAUAGCAAAAGGCAAAUAUUUCAUGAUAAUGCUUGAAAAAGAUAGUACUACAAACCAAUGGAAAACAAAACACUUGAUCAGGAAAUACACACAGGAAAUAAUCUAUUACAAAGUUUUGUAAACAAAUUAAAGACUUUGAAAUAAGUUAUUAAUAAUUGGCACAAGUAAGUGAAUACCUGGAGAAAAAGCACUGGAGAAGCAAGAGUUAAUAUGAAAUAAAUCAUGUUUUAUUAAUAUAUUUGUUUACAUGUGAUGAAUUUAGAACUCAGAAAAAGAGUAAAAAGAAUUAAGCUAGGAAAUUAUACUCCAAUGCUCCAUAUUCAUUAAACAUAGUGUCAUUUGGUUGCCAUUCAUUCAGAUUGUUGUAAAAUCUAGGUGGGAAAGGAAUGAGAUUCUUAUAGAGAAGGAAUCAAAAAGUCUGUGGAAUAUUAGGGGAGCAUAAUAGAAAAUAUCAGAGAUUAUAUCAUUGAUUGAACAAUUCAAUUUGUAUAAAAAUAAUACAAUGCUGUCUAUAACAGAAAAAGUGGAAACUUUCCACUCAACCCAAUAUAUAAAUUUCAAAACCAGUCACAAUACGAGUACCAGGAUGAUAAUGUUAGGGGAAGAUGGUAUGCGAUCUCAAUAUGUACCUCCAAAGCCAACAGUAAAAAUAUUGAAAAGACCUACAAGAGAUUCACAAGGUAGUGGUGAUGGACCAUUAGUAAAUGGGGAUAAACCAAAACAACCUAUUAAAUCUUUAAAACAGAGGGAACAAGAAUACGCAGAAGCAAGAAAAAGAAUUUUAGGCGAAGAGAAAAGUCCAGAGGAAAAAUUAAUGCAAGAAAUAAAUAAAAUUCAACCAAAACCAAUAACUCCAAGUAGCAGUGGGCUACCAAGUAAUGUUCUUCGUAUGCCUAUUGGACCAGAUGGAACACGGGGAUUUAAUGUACGCAGGUAGCGCGUCUUCCGGGGUUCAGUUCUUUCCACCCAUCCUUUUCCUCCUCUUCCUUCACCUUAACAUAGGGAAGAGAGGCAGCUAUGAGGCUGAUGGCAGAAAAUAAACUAAUCUUUCUGACCAAGUAUGAGCAGAAUGCUCUUACAAUUUUGAAUGGAGCAUAAUAAGAACUGUGCUACAGAACACUGUUAUAGACAGAUUAUAUACAUAAAAAGACCAAGGCUAUAAAUUGGCGAAGUUAAGUCAUUAUAGAACUGAUAAUAUUUUUUGCUGGUAUAAUAUAACCAGUUUUGUUAAUAUCUACUAUGUUUAACGAAAAUAUUGAAUUAAUUGAAAUCUACAACUCUCAUUCUAAAAACAUUAAAACGAAAUGUCUAAUUGCAAUAUGGUAUAAAUUAAAUUAUUUUGCUUUUUACAAUUGUACAUGUUUUUCAAAAUAUUGAAACUAAUUAUAUAAUAAAAGAUUUCUCUUUAUA